UACGGAUACGGACGAUCAGUUGAUAUCAGCAGUCACUGAUCCGAAUUUGUCUUAUCCUUUAAAUUUAUUUUACUCUUAGAUUAGUGUAACUCCACCGAGGUGAUGCAAUAAAUAUAUGAAACUCAGGAAUUGCUACUUUAUAAAAAAAUGGAUUUUAUUUCAAUUUUAUUUACACUUAUUGUGCACGGCAUAGUAGCGGCUUUAAGCCUUUUUGUGAUACUAACAAUAUUAAUCUAUUUGACUACAAAUCCAUAUCCAUCAAUAGAGAGGUUUACCGAAGAAGAAACAUAUAAUAAUCCAAAAUCAAAAUGUAAAGAAAAAUUUCCCUCUAUUAAUGAUCCACAUAGUGUAAAUUUAAGUGUGAUAGUGCCUGCUUAUAAUGAAGAGGAAAGAAUAUCACCUAUGUUGGAUGAAACUCUAAAUUUCUUGGAGAGAAGAAUUGAAGAGAACUCCACAUACAAGUAUGAAAUCUUAGUAGUUAGCGAUGGUAGCAAUGACAACACAGUUAAAAUAACUGAGAAUUACAUUAAAAAAUAUGGCAGUGACAAGAUAAGGUGCUUAAACUUAAUCAAAAACAGGGGUAAAGGUGGAGCUGUUAAACUAGGUAUGUUUAGCUCAAGAGGUGCUUUAUUAUUAUUUGCUGAUGCUGAUGGAGCAUCGAAGUUUGAAGAUUUAGUUAAACUAGAAACUGCAUUUGAACAACUAACUAAUUAUAACCCAAUCAAUCAACCUCAAGAAAUAAGUCAAUAUGAAGCAAUAGUCAUUGGCUCCAGGGCACAUUUGGAGAAAGAGUCUUUAGCUAAAAGAAGUAUUUUUCGGAAUAUAUUGAUGUAUGGAUUUCAUACUUUAGUUUGGUUAUUCACUGUGAAAGGUAUUAAAGAUACCCAAUGCGGAUUCAAGUUAUUUUCGAGAAAAGCGGCAAAUAUAUUAUUUGAAAGCCUCCAUGUUACCCGAUGGGCUUUUGAUGUAGAGUUACUGUAUAUAGCGCAAAAACUGGACAUUCCAAUUGUUGAAAUUCCUAUAAGAUGGACUGAAAUUGACGGGUCCAAGGUUACACCAGUAAUUUCGUGGAUUCAAAUGGGUUGCGACUUGGGUUUAAUUUGGCUAAAAUACAAGAUUGGUGCGUGGAAGAUAAAAUAUGUUAAAUAGGAAUAAGCACAAAUGUAUUACUAUUAAAUUCCAUUUAUAUUAUUUUCUUAAGCAAUAUUUAAUAUAAUAAACUAUAAAACAAU